UUAGUCGUCUUCUUAAAAGCUAAAAGUUCUGAAGUAGGGAUUCUAUUGGUUGAGGAAAUUAAAUAUUCAUAAGCUUUUAUAAACAUUUGUCUCUUGCAAACCUGUCAGGGACACUUGUUUUGUGACAUGCGAUUUCUUACAUUUCUUACGUGCCUUACAUGAUUUAUUGGUUUUAGUGAUUUACACUUUAGGUUUGAGAAGCUUGAUGGAUGAUAACUUAAAUGUUACAUAUAUAACUCUUAGUGGGCAUGUAGAAGUGCAUAAAUACAGAUAUCUUUAUUUUGUCAUCAUGUUUACAGCAUAUUUUCUAAUAAUCUGCAUUAAUUCCACAAUCGUGUGUCUCAUAGUGAUUCACAAAAACCUCCAUGAGCCCAUGUACAUUUUUAUUGCAGCUUUGUUGAUCAACUCUGUACUUUACAGCACUAAUAUCUACCCAAAGCUGUUGAUCGACUUUUUGUCUGAAAAACAGAUCAUAACUCAUUCGCUCUGUCUUUUUCAAGGUUCUGUACACUACACUAUGGCCGGUUCCGAGUUCUCACUGUUGUCAGCCAUGGCCUAUGACAGAUAUCUGUCUAUAUGUAAACCUCUGCAGUAUGCAACUAUCAUGAGAAAAACUGUUGUAAUUGUCUUUCUGGUUUUAGCUUGGUUUGUGCCUACUUGUGAACUUGGAGUGUUAGUUGCUUUGUAUGCUAAUAUAAAACUCUGCAGUUUUACUUUGAAAGGAAUUUUUUGUAACACUUCAUUUUACAAUCUUCAAUGUGUACGUUCAGUCACAAUAUCUAUAUAUGGUCUGUUCAUGUUGCUAAAUAUUGUACUGUUCCCUGUCCUUUUCAUAUUUUUUACAUACACCAGGAUACUUAUUGCAUCGUACCGAAGUAGUAAAACAUUCAGGAGAAAAGCUGCACAGACCUGUUUACCUCACCUGCUGGUUUUAAUCAAUUUGACUUUUUUUAUUACUUAUGAUGUCAUUGUAGUUCGGCUGGAAUCAGAUAUUCCAAACACUACCCAUUUAAUAAUGGCUUUACAAAUGAUUGUGUAUCAUCCUCUUUUUAAUCCAAUUAUAUAUGGGUUAAAAAUGAAAGAAAUCUCUAAACACCUCAAGAGGUUAUUUCAGGUCAAAUCGCACUAAUAUAUCCAAUCAUUUCAUUUGUAGUCAUAACGCAGAGAUGU